AUGGCUGUAAUCACGGGUAUCUUGGGAACCUGUGCCUCUUCGAUGGUCGUCGCUGUAGUGGCGCGGAAGUUAGAGUUGACUAGAGCUGAGAAGCAUGUCCAUAACUUUAUGAUGGAUACCCAACUAACUAAGCAGCUAAAGCACUCAGCUGCCAAUGUGCUGAGAGAGACAUGGCUGAUCUAUAAAUUCAGAAAGAAGGUUGAAAAAGUCGACUAUGCUCGUAUACGACAACACCAACGCAAAUUUCUUGUGGCUAUCUAUGAGAUGCGUAAGGUAAAACGCGACCAGCGGAAGUUGGCAGAAAACUUCGUCUCAUUGGGAGAUGUGGCAAAGACCUCAUCGAACACCUAUGACCUGAUUCAAGACGUUCAUUCCACUCAAGAAGGUCUAUCGCUUCGAAUUACCGCUAUCGAACAUCAGCUCUCGGAUAUUUCUCGAGAGAUUGGAGCACUGGCCGAGAUGAUGCGAGCACGAAAACGUAGCCUGACGAGUGAAGAAACCAGCCCUUCACAUCAUAUCAGACGGAGACGUGAAGCUGUUCAACCUUUCUAA